GUGGAAAAGAUUAAAUAAUUUACAAACAAACUAUCUGCAAAAUAUAAGUUCCGUUCUUUUUAAAUAUGUAUUAAUACAUAUGAAUUUAUAUGAAAAUAAUUGCACAAUUGUAGUCGUAAAGAUCGAUUUACUUAUGGCCUAUGUUCCAGCGCAAGAAGAAUUGGAAAAGUUUUAAUAACAAAAAAAAUGGAGUAUGUUCUGUCUUCCGAAGAAAGUUCCGAUACUGAUAUCAAGAGUUUGCGAACACAAUUGACCGAAUAUGGUUUAAAUGAAGAUAACUUGAGUAAAGAAGAGAUGACCGAUUUACUUAAAGUUUUAAAAUUUUCUAAAUCUGCUGCUCAAGAUGAAGACCGGCAGAAGAAGGAAGAUAUUGUUUGCAAUGCAUCACCAAAAGUAAAAAUGAGAAGGCGUUAUUUAAAUGUCAGAGAUAGGCGUUUACCUUGGAGUCUUUUUCCAAAUUCAACAUCUGCAGCUGAACGAGCCCGGCUUCUGGUUGUAUAUUUUAAAAUUAUGUCCUUAAAUAAAUAUAGACAAGCUAGACAGUCAGUAAAUCUUGCAGCAUGGCCCCCUCCACUACAAAUUCUUGAAGAAACUACCAGAAUACAACCACAAAGGUCAACACGAAGUGGCCGAUCUGUUCCAGUCUAUGCAGGGUUUGAUGAUGAUUCCUCUGAUGUAGAUUUCGUUAUAACCAAGUCAAAAAAGAGGAAGGUAUCAAGUAGUGAUCAUAGUGAUAUUAAUACAAAUAAAGGACUUGGUUUAAAGAGAAAGUCUGGCAAGGAUGACAAUUCAAAAACCACAAAAGAAGCAAAAAUAGUUACAAAUAAUAAAAAUGAUUCUGAAAAUCAGAGAGCAAAGGAGUGUAUUAUUAUUGAAGAUUGUAAUACAUAUGCAUAAUUUUUUUAAUAUGUAGCAUAGUUUUUUGUUUAAUAUGCAUACAAAUAAUAACAUUUUAUAAACAGUAAUUGUUAUGUAAUAGUUUCACUAGUUAAAAAAGGCCUUGCAUAUAAUUCUAUAUAUCUCAUUUUUUUUAAUGUAACCAUUCAGCACUAUAACAUUUUCUUUAUUUUUUAUAUCCAUAGUUACCUAAUGUCUCAAAUUCAAUGUUGAAUCCCAUACAAAAUAUAAAUUGUCAGAUAGUUUAA